AUGUACCUGUUUCACAGCUUCUCCUGCUCAGAAGCCUUUAUCCUGGUGGUCAUGGCCUACGACCGCUAUGUGGCUAUCUGCUGCCCUCUGCACUACCCUGUCCACAUGACCCCACAGACAAACACUGCACUGGCAGCCAGUGCCUGGAUCACCGCCCUCCUCCUGCCCGUCCCAGCAGUGGUACAGACCUCCCAGAUGGCAUUUGACAGCACCGCCUACAUCUACCACUGCUUCUGUGACCACCUGACUCUGGUCCAGUCCUCCUGCUCAGACACCAGCCCCCAGACACUCAUGGGCUUCUGCAUCGCCAUGGUGGUGUCCUUCCUCCCUCUCCUCCUGGUGCUUCUCUCCUAUGUCCACAUCCUGGCCUCAGUGCUUCGUAUCAACUCCAAGGAAGGGCAUUCCAAAGCCUUCUCCACCUGCAGCUCCCACCUCCUGGUGGUGGGCACCUACUACUCAUCCAUUGCCAUAGCUUAUGUGGCCUACAGAACUAACCUCCCUGUAUACUUCCACAUCAUGGGCAAUGUGGUGUAUGCUAUUCUGACCCCUGUUGUCAACCUCUCAUCUACACCCUGA